AUGGACGAACACUCACAAUCCAUCACCGCGGUCAAGGCGGCCUUCAUCCGCGCGCAGGUCCGCCAGCUCUCUGCGCCGCUCGAAGCGUCGACAACAUGGCGCGACCUAGCACCACGGGCCGAAGUCGACGGUCGGCUCAGCGACAGGGCGAUCCAGGAUGUCGUUGCUAAAGUCAACGACAAGAUCAAGCAGCACAACCGCAUGGUCUUUUCGCAGCAGUCGCAGCGGCACGUCGCAGAACAGAUCGAGACGUUGUAUUGGAACCGGAUUUCCACAGAGUCACAGACAGACGCUGCAGAUGAGCCGGGACCGGCGCUGGAGGCGGUGGCCAUCAGAAAAGAGAUGGAGCUGACAGACACGGGCGCCAUCGGGAGUCUGCCGGAACAAUACACCCAUCUGCACCUUGAUGCAGGUUAUGAGGGCAACACAGCGGAUGCAGAGGCCUACACCCGCCUGCGCGGACAACUGCUGCAGUUGAGUCGCAAGCGGGAUGAGCUGAAGGAGAAAGUGGCGCGGUACCGAUACCUACAAACGCUGCUGGAGCCACUCGACGAUGCACAGAAGAAUGUCCAGCCAAACCUGAUCACUCGAGAUGGCGAGCUGAGCAGAGAGCUGGAUCGGAUGAGGAUCCUGCUUGCACGUGUCACAGGAAGAGUGGCGGAAAUACAGAAAUCGUCUACGAUGCGGACCGAGGUCACAGACUCGUCACAGCCACAAAUUGGACAGACCGACAGACAGAAACUGGAACUGUUGAUGGACCUGACUUGA